AUGACACAGUUAAAUUUUCUGUCAGGAGUCAUCGUUUUUGUUCUUUUGGCCAUGGGUAAGUAGAAAAGUCGCAAAGCGAUUGAAACAAAACUGGUGAUAUUCCGCAUCACUUUUCAUGAUCAAUUAAAUAAUUCUCUGUCCUAAGAAAUAUUGAUCGUUGUAGGAAAGAAAUAAAUGAUUCUUAUAAUUUUAAAGCCAUCUUCAUUCAAAUUCAAAUUUUGAGUCCGCUUCAUACCUUACCACAGUAUGAAGAUAAUGAGCAUAAUUUUAUGAUUCCUACAGUUUCAGAGAGCCAUUGUCAACUGAAUCAGACUGCGAGCCCGUUUAGACUUCUCCCAACUUGUGGUGGGAUAAGUUAUGACCCAAGGACACAGCUUUGCUGUUCAGGUGUCAUAUCAUCCAGGAAUGGCUCUAAAAAUGCUUGCUGUGGAAAUACUUCAUACAACACCAGAACACAUUUAUGUUGUUCUCGCACACUUCAUCCAAGAUUCUUUGGCAAAGUACGUGCUUCAUGUUGUGGGUAAGUUUGCAUUUAAGGGCCAGUAAUAUCUAUUACAUCAAGUCGCUCCUAUCACUUGUAGAAGGAAACAAUUUUUUUAGGUUUGUACCUUGAGUGAUUUGCCAUCAGUCAUAAUUAAUCAAGGUCACUUCCUUUUCGUUCGUUUUGAUUGAGAUUCCAAGGGAGAGGAAUUUUGGUGGAAAAUUGUGCAAUAUUCUCUCUCAAUUUAAUCACUUGUUGGUAUUAGUUUUGAAAUGUAACUUAAGCACUAAGCAAGAUUUUUUUCCGUUACUACAGGGAGCAAAGCUACAACCCUUUAAGUCAAGGUUGCUGUAGAACUAGGGCGCUGACUGUUUAUAACAGAAGUACAGAGGUAUAUAUGUAAAGAAAAUGCCUCAAUGUCUAUAUAUAUCUUUGUAAAAUUUUAACUUGCUCGAUCGGCUACUUCUUUUCAGGUAGGGAUAUAUCAAUGGAAACUGAUUCUUAGUUAAUUGUAGAUAUGCUGUUGGGGAACUGUUUGUGAUAAGCUGACGGACUGCGGACUGACGAGUAGUUGUGAAAACUGAAAAAAUCGAAACCAAUAUUUCAAUUGAUAAAUAGUCUAUUCAGGAAUAAAAAUAAGUUACAUUGUUUAUUGCUACUAUCUUCCAUAGAUCUUGCAUUUGACCUUGUAUUUCGUUCACAUAUAGGCUUGUUGCUCCUGGAAAAUUGUGCCUAACCCAACCGGUGCACUAUUUCCAAGGUGCUGUUUAACCAGUCCGUACAACCCAAAGACUCAAGUGAGUAUUCAUUUUGUUGAACUGCGUAUUAAUUCAGUUACUUUUCCUUCAACAUUGUUCAUUCAAUUCAUUGUUCAAAAAUUUUAACUCGCUCGAUCGGCUACUUCUUUUCAGGUAAGGAUAUAUCAAUGGAAACUGAUUUUUAGUCAAUUGUAGAUAUGCUGUUGGGGAACUGUUUGUGAUAAGCUGACGCGCUGCGGACCGACGAGUCGUUGUGAAAACUGACAAAAUUGAAACCAAUAUUUCAAUUGAUAAAUAGUCUAUUCAGGAAUAAAAAUAAGUUACAUUGUUUAUUGUUAUUAUCUUUCAUAGAUCUUGGAUUUAACCCUGUCUCUCGUUCACAUAUAGGCUUGUUGCUCCCGGAAAGUUGUGCCUAACCCAACCGGUAUUCUAGUUCCAAGUUGCUGUUUAACCAGUCCGUACAACCCAAAGACUCAAGUGAGUAUUCAUUUUGUUGAACUGCGUAUUAAUUCAGUUACUUUUCCUUCAACAUUGUUCAUUCAAUUCAUUGUUCAAAAAUUUUAACUCGCUCGAUCGGCUACUUCUUUUCAGGUAAGGAUAUAUCAAUGGAAACUGAUUUUUAGUCAAUUGUAGAUAUGCUGUUGGGGAACUGUUUGUGAUAAGCUGACGCGCUGCGGACCGACGAGUCGUUGUGAAAACUGACAAAAUUGAAACCAAUAUUUCAAUUGAUAAAUAGUCUAUUCAGGAAUAAAAAUAAGUUACAUUGUUUAUUGUUACUAUCUUUCAUAGAUCUUGGAUUUAACCCUGUCUCUCGUUCACAUAUAGGCUUGUUGCUCCCGGAAAGUUGUGCCUAACCCAACCGGUAUUCUAGUUCCAAGUUGCUGUUUAACCAGUCCGUACAACCCAAAGACUCAAGUGAGUAUUCAUUUUGUUGAACUGCAUAUUGAUUCAGUUACUUUUCCUUCAACAUUGUUCAUUCGUACUCCUGUAGAGUGGUUACUCUGGGAGAAUCUUCGGUUCAGGUAGGUAUAAAUUAAUAGAAAAUGAUUUUUUUUAUCAUUGAAUUAUAGGCAUGCUGUGGGGGAUGUGUUGUAAGAAGCCCGAGCCGAGACUGCGGACCGACGAGCUGUUGUGGCAGCACACUAAUCUUCUCCACUUAUCAGAUUUGCUGCGCUGGAACGAUCAUAUCUAGGCCAACACUGUAUGCGCGGUGCUGUGGAACUGCAGCUUAUAACCCAUACAAAGAGGUGACUCCACAUUAUGCUUUCUAUCCAAGAAAAAAACUGUAUCUUGUUUCAAAGUCUUGGGUAAUUCGGGUUGUAUUAAUUCUGAAUCACUGUGGUUAUAGUUGGUCAAAGAAACUCCGCUUUUCCCUCUUUACAAGUCAGAUGUAGAAAAAAACAAAACAAAACAAAAAGGCAAUCGCGACUCGGUCACUCUUGUCUUUCUGCGUUAAAGCAAUUUAGUUGUUGUUACUUUGAGGUCUUGUUGGGUCCGUAUUAUAUACUUACCUUUCUCGCAUGACUGGUCAGGUGAUAACCUUGAUCUUAAUUUACGAUAGCCACUUAAAAUGCGUUCCAUUAUUGAUGGUGAACAUUGUGUACCAACAUAAAAAAAUUGAUAAUAAUAACUUUAAUAAUUAUUCUUCAUUAAUUAUUUUCAAGUUACAAACCUUAAACGGUAUUUUCUGGCUCACGUACUUUUGCCUCAACAUAAACUUAAAGAAGAUUUUGAGUCGUGAUUGGUGCGGUAGGUUUCCCUCAAGUGGCUGCACGUAACGAACUUGAAAUUUCUAAUAACGUUGUAUCUAAAUGGUAAAAUUGCAUACUUUCAUAGCCUCUUAAAGAAAAAAUUCUGCGCUUUCCUUAGCUUCUUUUGAAGAAAAAAAAGUUUUUCAAAGGGUGUUCGUAUGUGAUUGCUGUCAUUGUGCGCCUUACUUCUUUUGAGAAAAUGUAGGUUCUGGAAACCCAAUUUCCCGCAUUUUGAGACCCAUUUUAGGCAAAUGUAGAAGUAGCGUUUUAAAACAAAAAAAGAACUGUUUUUAUUUUGUUUUAAAAUAUAGUUAUAAUCAUUUGUAUUUUUUCCUUUUAGUCUCAUCCUAUAAAUUGAGACCAAUAUUUCAUUUGAUAGUCUCUUCACCUGUGGAAAUAAGUUCUAUUGUGAAUUUUGUUCGUAUCUUCCACGGAACUUGUAUUUAACCUUGUCUGUCGUACACACAUAGGCCUGUUGCUUCGGGAAAAUCGUUCCUAACCCAACGGGUGCAUCACAUCCAAAUUGCUGUGGAACUCGUCCGUAUAAUCCAAGCCGUCAUGUGAGUAUUACAUUUUGUUGAAUUGUAUGUUUGUUCGGCUACUUUUCCGGCAACAUUGUGUUUUCAUACACUUAUAUCCGUAGGUUUGUUGUUCUGGGAGAAUCAUACCGAAACCAUGGGGUUUAACUCCUGCACUUUGCUGUGGAAACAGUCUGUAUAACCCAAAGACUCAGGUGAGUAUUUUCAUUUUGUUGAAUUGCUCGUUAACUCGGUGACUUUUCCUUCAAGAUUUUGCGUCAUAAACUUACAGGUUUUGCGUCAUAAACUUACAGGUUUUUGCUCUGAGAGAAUCAUGCCUUAACCAUGAGGAAUCUCCCUCUUUUAUCUAAUUUCCCAGGGUUGCUGUGGAACUCUCCUGUACGAUCCAGGUCUUCAGGAGUGCUGCCGACCAGGGUUAGUUCAGCAAAAAGGCUGCUGCAAGCCAGGAUACUCCAGUGCCCUUACAAAACGCAUCAAUCCGGCUGGGAAUUGA